AGAACAAAGUGUGAUUUAUAUGUGGAUUUGAAAUUGUUUCGAAAGUCUGCCAGUGUGUGAUUGUCGCGGAGUUGUUAAAAAAUGUCUUCGCAAAUAUACGAUUGCAUUGUGAUUGGAGCAGGGAUCCAGGGGUCUUGUACAGCGUACUACCACGCGAAGAAUAACAAGAAAACGCUUCUUCUCGAACAGUUUUUCCUGCCUCACUCUCGUGGAAGUUCCCAUGGCCAGACGCGAAUUAUCAGGAAGGCCUAUCAGCAGGACUUCUACCUCCGGAUGAUGGAGGAGUCUUACAAACUGUGGGCCGAGCUGGAGAGAGAUGCAGGUGUGCAACUAUACAGAUGCACAGGCCUCCUGGUCAUGGGCCCCGAGGACGGUCAGUACUACUCGGCCGUCAAGGACGUGCUGCAACGGAACAAAGUUCCCACUGUGAUGCUGAAGAGGGAAGAGUUCAACCAGCACAUCCCCAACUUCAACCUGGUCAGUGGAGAGAACGCGCUGGUGGACACCAGUGCAGGGGUGCUGUACGCCGACAAAGCCCUCGACUCCCUUCAGAGGCUGUUUCAGUCACAUGGUGGGGUGAUUAAAGAUGGGGAAAAAGUAACUGGCAUCAAGCCAGGCCCGGUGGUCACGGUGACAACAGCCUCCGGGGCAUAUCAGGCCAAGAGUCUGGUGAUAACAGCAGGACCGUGGACUAACACGCUGCUCUCCCACACCGGAAUGGCCUUGCCUCUGAAGGUGGAGAAGAUAAACGUGUGCUACUGGCGGGAGAAGGUUCCGGGCUCGUAUGACGUCCACAAUCGCUUCCCUUGCUUUAGCCGGCAGGACGGCCCGGAGGUGGAUCAGAUCAUCUACGGCCUUCCGUCCAACGAGUACCCGGGCCUGAUGAAGGUGUGCUACCACAUUGGCAAGGAGACGGACCCAGACGCGAGGGACAAUCAGACGGACCAGAGUGACAUCCAGGUCUUGCAGCGCUUCGUCGCCCGCUGCAUGCCCGGCCUGGUGCCCGUGCCCGCUGUGGUAGAGAGCUGCCUCUAUACCUUGACGCCUGACAAUCACUUUGUCCUGGAUUGUCACCCCACUUACAGCAAUAUCAUCAUCGGCGCUGGAUUCUCAGGUCAUGGCUUUAAGUUCGGCCCGGUCAUCGGCAAGAUCCUGUAUGAGCUGAGCACAGGGCAGGUGCCCUCCCACAACCUCUCCCCAUUCAAGAUCACCCGCUUCCAGACCCCCAAGUCUGCACUGUAGACCCACUGUCGGUUACUCUCCAAGAGACCACUACUGUGUGUGUCCUAUGGGUACAUGAAACAUCACGAAUGUACUGCAGGGUUGAAACAAUAUGCUUUAAUGCUAAUCAGGUCUCCGUCAUGCUGAGAGGAGAUUACUACUGCCAUUUUAGCAUCUGAAGCAUGUCUUAGAUUUUCUAUGUGUAAUGGAACCUGUUAGUUGGCUCAGAUGGUGUACAGUCACACAUACCCAUAUUGUGCCCAGUCGUCUGUGACAAAAGCAUUUAAGCGUAAAGUGCACUCUGUGAUUUUUUACAUUUAUUUAAUCUCUUUUGCACAGAAAAUGAAAUGCACUUUUUGUCAUACAUGUAAAAUGACAAUAAAGAUAUUCUAUUCUAUUCUAUUCUAUUCUAUAUUGCUUCCCUGACAUGGCACUACACCCACAUACCGUACUUUGAGGUUGUGUGUGUGUGUGUGUGUGUGUGUGAAAAUAAAAAGCACUGUUAAAAAGUCA